GUGAGCGAGAGCAGAAGGUGGCAGAUGAAGGAGCGGAGCCCGUAGCUGGCUCUUGCUGACGGCCAAGGGGACCAGUGCGAAGAGAAAAUGCACCUGCCGACACUCUUCCUCCUCCUCUUCUGGCUCUCAGGCUACUCCACUGCUGGGAAUCCACUCACUGGUCCGGGAGCAGCAAGAGGCCCGGAGCGGGGCUCACUGACCGUGCAGUGUCGCUAUGACCCAGGGUGGGAAACCCACAGGAAGUGGUGGUGUCGAGGGGCUCGUUGGAGCCGCUGUAAGAUGCUUGUUGAGACCACUGGAUCAGAGCAGGAGGUGAGAAAGGGCCAUGUGUCCAUCAGGGACAAUCAGAAAAACCACACGUUCACCGUGACCAUGGAGGGGCUCAGGAGAGACGAUGCUGACACUUACUGGUGUGGGAUCAAGAGAACUGGAGCUGACCAUGGGGUCCAAGUUGAGGUGACCGUUGACCCAGCACCAGCUACAGUGUCGACCGCCGCCCCCACCACCAACAUGUUUACAGCACUGGCCACCCUGGAAAAGACUGACUGCUCCCCGACGCUGACCAGCUAUCACUUUGAUAACGGGCAUGGCGUCAUGAGGCUCAGCGUCCUCCUUCCCCUCGUCUUUGCCAUAUUGCUGCUUCUCUCGGUGGCAGUCUCGCUCCUGGCUUGGAGGAUGGUGAAACGCCAGAAGAAAGCAGCUGGGGUACCUCCAGCGCAGGUGUCGCAGCCCCUGGAGGAUGAACUCUUCUACGCAAACUUGACCCUGCAGCGGACGGGAACCUCCCCCAGCUCCUCCCGGAAAAAGGCCUCCAUGAAGGCCUCGUCUUCUGCCCAGAAGGAAGUGGAAUACGUCACCAUGGCUCCCUUUCCGAGGGAGGAAGUUUCCUACACAUCUCUGACUUUGGGCAACUUGGAUCAGGAGCCGACCUACAGCAACACCAGCCAGCUCAUCACCCACAUCCCCGGCACGAGCCACGGGGACCCCACGGAGUACAGCACCCUCAGGAGGCCUUAGCCUGGGGCUGAGCCAGGCCCGUGAGCGGCGUCCUGCCUCGUCUACCUUCUGCCCCUGCCCCCUCGCCAGGACAACUGCUGGCUGCGGCCUCCGCCUGAUCAGCCGGCCGUGUCCCCAGCUCUGGGGCCUAGUCUCAGGGGGCUUCUGGGAGUUAGGGGUCUUUCUGUAUCCCCCCCUCUCCCUUAGAGCUGGGGAGGGGGCUGGGCAUGUGCCCUGGGGCUGCCAUGGGAAUAACAACGAUGAUAAUGAUGAUAAUAGUAAUUAACCUUUAUUUAUUGCUCCCAAAGAUAUCUGUGUCCUAAUCCCCAGAACUUGUGAAUGUCACCUUCUGUGGCACAGGGUACCGUGCAGAUGUGUCUGAGUGAAGGAGUUUGAGAAGGGGAGAUUGUUCUGGAUGAUCCAUGUGGACCCUGAAUAUAAUCACCAGGGUCCUCGGAGGAAGGAGGCGGGAAGGUCAGAAAAGGAGCAGGCGGGGGCGCUCGGAGCACUGGCUGGAGGGCUGAGGCCGGGACCAGGGGGUGCCGUGGCCUCCUGCAGCUGGCGCAGGCCGGAGCGGCUUCUCCCCGGGCCUCCAGAGGGAACCAGAAAGGGCACCUGACCUGAGCCCCGUGAAACCGAUUUUGUACUUCUGGCCUCCAGAACCGCAGGACAAUAAA